AAGGAAUUGCUACAUGCAGGAUUACCUGGGGGAAAAACCAGAGGCUCACUUUUGUCUCUUCCGGCAAUUGAAAGGACUGGGCGUCAGGAAGGGGGAGGAGAGAGCUUCCCUCCAUAAAUGGUCCCACCCCUAGGCAAGGUGGCUCACUUUAGCAGGUAGCAACUAAGGAGUGUGCACCUGCCACCGGUCGAGCUCAGCCACACUGUGAGAAGAAGCAAGGCAGGGCUUGCCAAGGGAGUGAGUGAACCAUGGACAGAUUGAACUGCCUGAGCUUCUUCAAGUGCAGAGACAAGGAGAAAGUGACAGCUUCAUCUGAGAACUUCCACGUUGGUGAAAAUGAUGAAAACCAGGACCGUGGUAACUGGUCCAAAAAAUCAGAUUAUCUUCUUUCUAUGGUUGGAUAUGCAGUUGGAUUGGGAAAUGUGUGGAGAUUCCCAUAUCUGACUUAUACCAAUGGUGGAGGUGCUUUCUUGAUACCCUAUACAAUCAUGCUAGCAUUGGCUGGUUUACCUUUGUUCUUUCUGGAAUGUUCACUGGGACAAUUUGCUAGCUUAGGUCCAGUUUCAGUUUGGCGGAUUCUACCACUGUUUCAAGGUGUGGGAAUAACGAUGGUCCUGAUCUCCAUUUUUGUGACAAUCUAUUAUAAUGUCAUAAUUGCCUACAGUCUUUACUACUUGUUUGCUUCAUUUCAAAGUGUACUACCAUGGGCUAAUUGUUCUUCUUGGGCAGACAGUAACUGUAGCAGAUCGCCAAUAGUGACUGGCUGCAAUGUGAGUACAAUGACAGGAGAGUUGUUUAUGAAUAUAAGCUGGGUAAAUAUCAACAACUUUACCUGUGUGAAUGGUAGUGAAGUUUUUCAGCCAGGACAACUUCCCAGUGAACAGUAUUGGAAUAAAGUGGCACUUCAGCAGUCAAGCGGAAUGGAUGAAACUGGAGUAAUUGUAUGGUAUUUAGCACUUUGUCUUCUUCUCGCUUGGCUCAUAGUUGGAGCAGCACUGUUUAAAGGAAUCAAAUCCUCUGGCAAGGUGGUAUAUUUUACAGCUCUUUUCCCAUAUGUGGUCCUCCUCAUUCUGUUAAUAAGAGGAGCAACUUUGGAGGGUGCAUCAAAAGGCAUUUCAUAUUACAUUGGAGCACAGUCAAAUUUCACAAAACUCAGAGAAGCCGAGGUUUGGAAGGAUGCUGCCACUCAGAUAUUUUAUUCCCUUUCUGUGGCUUGGGGUGGCCUAGUGGCUCUGUCAUCUUACAACAAGUUCAACAACAACUGUUACUCUGAUGCCAUUAUAGUUUGUUUGACAAACUGCCUUACUAGUGUGUUUGCUGGGUUUGCUAUUUUUUCUAUAUUGGGACACAUGGCUCAUAUAUCUGGAAAGGAAGUCUCUCAAGUUGUAAAAUCAGGAUUUGAUUUAGCAUUCAUUGCUUAUCCGGAAGCUCUAGCUCAACUCCCAGGUGGUCCAUUCUGGUCUGUAUUAUUUUUCUUCAUGCUUUUAACAUUGGGUCUGGAUUCUCAGUUUGCUUCUAUUGAAACAAUUACAACAACAAUUCAAGAUUUGUUUCCCAAAGCAAUGAAAUACAUGAGGGUUCCUAUAACUUUGGGUUGCUGCUUGGUUUUGUUUCUCCUUGGUCUUGUCUGUGUAACUCAGGCUGGAAUUUACUGGGUUCAUUUGAUUGAUCACUUCUGUGCUGGAUGGGGGAUUUUGAUUGCUGCUAUCUUGGAAAUUGCAGGAAUCAUCUGGAUAUAUGGAGGGAAUAGAUUCAUUGAAGAUAUAGAAAUGAUGAUUGGAGCAAAGAGAUGGAUAUUCUGGCUCUGGUGGAGGGCUUGCUGGUUUGUCAUCACUCCUAUUUUGUUGUCUGCUAUUCUAGUCUGGUCACUGGUGAAAUUUCACAGACCUCAGUAUGCUGAUAUUCCAUAUCCUGACUGGGGAGUUGCUCUAGGAUGGUGUAUGAUUAUUUUCUGCAUUAUUUGGAUACCAAUUAUGGCAAUCAUAAAAAUGGUUCAGGCUGAAGGAAACAUCUUUCAGCGUAUCACAAGUUGCUGUAGGCCAGCUUCUAACUGGGGCCCAUACCUGGAAAAACAUCGUGGGGAGAGAUAUAAAGACAUGGCUGAGCCUACAAUGGAGACUGACCACGAAAUACCGACUAUUAGUGGCAGCAGUAAACCAGAAUGAAAUGUCAAUUUUGAAAAUAUCUGAUUGUUAUAUAUUGUGACUUUGUAGAGUAGGGGAAUUUUUAAAAUUUAUUUGUGCAUUAAUCAAGCAGGGAAAUGUACAUGUCACGUCUAUCACAGGGUUGUAAGUACUUCCUUCACUUAAUCAAGGAUGAAAUAUAAAAAUGUGAAUCUACCAGUGCUUAGUAAUGUGCUGGUCUCUUUUUAGGAUUAGCUAUUUGUUAGUACAUGUACCCAGUUCUGUUUUACAAUGACACUUUGUAAAUAUUAUUGUAAUUUUUUUAGUAUAUUGAAGAUUUCCUGUUAAAUGAUUAUUUAGGAAGUAGUCAUACUUUGUACUUUGCAAUUUUAAAAAUAUUAUUUGUUUCUGUAGUUUUAAUUUGUACUUUUUCAUAGAAUCGGGAAAGAAUAAAUCAGUGUAGCUAAAGGCAAAUAUUAUGCAAUUAAAGUUCUCACUUAUAAAUGUCACAAAUAGGGCUCAGAGAAAGCACUCAGUGGUUAAGAGUAAUGGCUGUUGCAGAAGAUUCUCAGCAUCCACAUGGUAAAAAAUACCAUUUGUAACUCCAGUUCCAGUAGAUCCAAUGUCUGCUUCUGACCUCUAUGACACUAUAUACACAUGGAGCACAUACAUUUAGGCAAAACACCCACACAUACAAAAUAAAAGUGAAUAAAUUUCUUUUUAAAAUGAAGUGUCACAAAUAUGUAGGAAAAGGACUGUAUAUGAUAUGAGGACUGCGGUUUAAUAAGUAUGUUCCAAAUAUGACUAAACCUGUCAUCCAUUUGUUAUGGUUCAGAUGUUCUAUGUAAACUUUGUGAUAUGCUCUUUAUUUUUAAUAAAAUGAUACAAAAAAUGAGGAACAUGUGGCCACAAAGUGAUAAAUCUAGGAAAUCAAAUAUUGUAGUUUAUGAUACUUCUUACUCUUCACAACCUCUUUCUUCUUUAGGUAUUUGGAAUAAAACCAUGACCCAUUUAAUUUUUAAUGUGCUCAAAAAACAAAUAGUUAAUUAAAUUCUCUGAAUUCUAGAUUUAACUCCAGAUAGAACUUGGACAAAAUUUUUAUUGAUAAAAUGGCUUUAAUUCUGGCAUGUUUUUGAUAAAGAUGUAUGCCUAACAGAUCAAAGUCAAUAAACUUGUAUUUUAUGGGUUCAUUUUUGGCUAAGAGUGAUAGAGUAUUCAAAUAUUAAUUGAUGUUAACUGUUAAUUGCCACUAAUAAAAAUUUUCAUACCCUGGUUUCCUCAAAAA